AUGUUUCGGUUCCUUGUAUCUCGAUCCAUUAUAGGAUCUUCCGUAUCCAAUAAUUUUCGUCCUCGUUUUUAUUCUACUAAUGAAGCCACGGACUCUUAUCUACUUACACGUUUGAAAAAUGAUUUGAAGGAUGCGAUGAAAAACAAAGAUAGAUUAAAAUUGAAUGUUGUUCGAGGCCUUCUCUCGGAUAUCACUUACGCAAGUAAAUCUCCCUCCGCCAAAUCUUUUUCCGCUUCUGACAAUGAAAUUUAUAAAACAAUAAAUCGUGCAAUUAAACGUCGCCAAGAAUCUAUUGAUAAAUUUACUCUAGCUAAUCGAUUGGAUCUCGUAGAGAAUGAAUCCUCUGAAUUAUCUCUCUUAAAUUCUUAUUUACCUCAACAAAUGUCUGAACAUGAAAUUGAACUUGAAGUUGUAAAAGUUAUUGAUCAAAUCGGCUCAGAUGAUGCUGGAAUUAAAGAUUUGGGAAAAGUUAUGAAGGAAUUGAAUCUUGAUAAUUCUAGAGCUCCAAAAAAAAUUGUCGUUGAAGUUGUGAAAAAGGUCUUGUCGCGAAAAACUGGUUAA